GAUUGGGAUUCUCAAGUUGGACCUUACCCGCUAUGCUCUGGAUUUCUCCAAACCGAGACAGGUUUAUCUUAUAUAAACCACGUUGGGCCUUUGGCAGUGGUCACUUCUUCUCCAAAAACGUAAAAACAUAUUGGAGCAACCAAGAAAUGGAGGUACCCCAUGUCUCCAUUUUUACUGGAAUCUUUGUCCUUCUUUUCUUUCUCUACGCUCUCUUCAAUAUGUCCCGAAAAUCCGGUGCUGAUCGGAGGAGACUCCCAGUCCCGCCUGAAGCCGGCGGCGCGUUGCCGGUGAUCGGCCACCUCCAUCUGCUAAGUGCAAAAGAGCCAACUCACAUAACGUUGGCCAAAAUGGCCGACGCCUACGGACCAAUGUUUACGUUAAGGUUCGGCAUGAAAAAGGCACUGGUGGUGAGCAGUUGGGAAAUAGCGAGAGAAUUCUUCACUACAAACGACAGACUCUUCGCGUCUCGCCCAAAGCUUGUAGCCUCGAAGCUACUGGGCUACGAUUAUGCGAUGUUUGGGCUGAGCCCAUACGGCCCACACUGGCGGCAGGCGCGUAGAGUAGCCACGCUGGAACUCCUGACGAACCACCGCCUGGAGAAGCUCCAACAUGUGAGAAUAUUGGAGGUAAAAAAUUGGAUUAAGGAACUGUAUAAAUUAUGUGUGAAAAGUGAGGAGAAAGCGGUGGUGGAGAUGAAGAAGUGGUUCGGAGAUUUAACACUGGACACGAUAUUCAGGAUUGUGGUUGGGAAGCGAUUCUCCGCUGCGUUCAAUGGGAGUGGAAGUGAAGAGUGCAAGAAGGCGUUGAGGGAUUUCUUUGAAUUGUUUGGAAUAUUCAUUCCGUCGGAUUCGUUUCCUUUUUUGAGUUGGUUGGACUUGGGAGGGCAUGAGAAGGCCAUGAAACACACGGCCAAACUGCUCGACCACGCGUUUGAUAAAUUCCUCAAAGACCAUAACCAAACUACAAAUUUCGCUGCAUCGGAGGAGGCUGACCAAGACUUCAUGGAAGUCAUGAUUUCUGCGGUAAAAAAUGAAGGAGAAUCUUUCAGCUACGACGCCAAUACAGUCAUCAAGGCUACAUGCUUGAAUAUGAUAUUGGGUGGAUUUGACACUACAACAGUAACAAUGACAUGGGUUAUUUCUCUACUUCUAAACAAUCAAGAAACACUCCAGAAGGCUCAACUUGAGUUAGAUGAACAGGUUGGGAGAGGAAGAGAGGUAAAGGAGUCAGAUGUGAAAAAUCUAUUAUAUCUCCAAGCUAUUGUCAAGGAAACUCUACGUUUGUAUCCUGCUGCACCACUCUUAGUUCCACAUGAAUCCAUUGAAGAUUGCACGGCUGCUGGUUACCACAUUCCCAUUGGGACACGUCUCAUUGUUAAUGUUCAAAAGCUCCAAAGAGACCCACUUGUUUGGGAGGAUUCUUGUGAAUUUCGUCCGGAACGAUUUUUGACAAGUCAAAAGAAUUUUGAUGUUAGAGGACAAAGUCCCCAAUUGAUACCAUUUAGAAAUGGUCGAAGGAUGUGCCCUGGAAUCUCAUUCGCCCUCCAAGUUAUACACCUUACGCUUGCAAAUCUGCUUCAUGGAUUUAAAAUUGAUAGGCCAUCAGAAGAGCCACUUGAUAUGGAAGAAAGUGUUGGAUUGACUAGCGUUAGAAAAGCUCCACUCGAGGUUGUUUUAACUCCAUGUUUGCCCGCUCAAGUUUAUGGAAAAGUUUGCAAUAAAAUUAUGAACAAGAAAUGAAGCUAUUGCGAAGUAAAAUGGUGUAAUGUUAGAAAAAAUAUUUCAUUAAGGUUGGUGUGAAUUGUAUCUUGUAAAACAAGUGUAUUUCUUUCCUUUCUUUCUUUUUUUAUUUUUGUUUACUUUUUUAGGUGGGGAUUCGAACUCACGACCGUUUUUAUCGAUAAUUG